GGGUCUGGGUUGAGCCGAGUCCGAAGGUGUCGCCGUUUGGGUCGCUAUCAUGUUCUGCGAGAAAGCGAUCGAGCUCAUCCGGGAACUCCACCGCGCUAGCGACGGGCAGCUCCCUGCCUUCAAUGAAGACGGGAUCAGGCAAGUACUUGAGGAGAUGAAAGCUUUAUACGAACAGAACCAGGCUGAUGUAAAUGAAGCUAAGUCAGGACACAGCGAGUUGAUUCCAACAAUCAAACUUCGCCAUUGUUCUCUACUCAGAAAUCGACGGUGUAUAGUUGCAUACCUGUAUGACCGCUUACUUCGCAUCCGAGCACUUAGGUGGGAAUAUGGGAGUGUCUUACCAAAUGCUGUCCGAUUUCAUAUGUCAGCUGAAGAAAUGGAAUGGUUCAACCAGUAUAAGAAGUCUUUGGCUACCUAUAUGAGAUCAUUAGGAAGAGGAGGAGGACUGGACCUUACGCAGGAUAUUAAACCCCCCAAAAGCCUGUAUAUUGAAGUUCGGUGUUUAAAAGACUAUGGAGAAUUUGAGAUUGAUGAUGGCACAACGAUUCUGUUGAAGAAGAAUAGCCAGCAUUUUUUACCCCGGUGGAAAUGUGAGCAAUUAAUCAGGCAAGGAAUUUUGGAACAUGUCCUGUCGUAAUGUAACCCUCAUUGAGAUCUACAGGAGGACUGU